GUGAACAGUUUCUGAGACGUUGGAAGCCUCACAGCUCCGUCGUUCUUCUUUUCUCCCUUGGGAAUUGAAUGCAACACGUUUCUCGAGCGUUUCGGCACGAUUUUCGCGGCGCUUCCCAGUGCAGUGUCAGUGCGCAGUAAAUGUUGAUUUAUAGAACAGCGUCCUUCCAUGCGGUUAGGAGGCGUGUUGGCCCGUAAUGCCCGCAUCCUGACAGAUAAUGGCAUCCGGGCGCGUUUUCCUGAGCCGCGCAUCAUUCCCAGUGACCGUCUCCUGGAGAUAUGCAGCCUGCUGUGUUUAGAUGCUGCCUCUCUGUCAUUAAUUGGAGCUUGUGGUGAAAUCAAGCAGCAACUGGUUCUUCGGUUGUCUCCCCUCCGAGCUCCCGAAGAGAUGGGAAGCUUUCCGUGCAGCCUCUCCACGCUGCAGCGCUGACGGCUGUGAGUGGAUGCUGCUGCAGAGAGCCGGGGCUCCACUGAUCUGUUGGGGAGUCUUCUCUCCAGCCAGUCCUCCUAAUCCCAAUGGAGCAGCAAGAGGAACAAGAAGUUGGGGGCUUGUCCCACCAUGGCAGCAGCCAGGAUCUUGGUUCUCCACCCAUCUCCUCUUUUGAGCCUGGAGAAAGCGCUCAGCAGGAGGAAGGUACAGUGAUGAGGAGGAGUGAGAACUACCUACCAGUUCCUGGUGAGGACAAAAACCUGGAUGGAGACUUCAAUGGGAAGACCAGGAAUGAUGAGUCCAUGCCAAUGAAAACUCUCUAUGCGAGCGAUGGCUCGCUCCUGCAUCUGCCCCGUGGUCCGUACUUCUCUGAUGGACAGCGGCGUGUGGACUAUGUUCUGACCUAUAGCAUCCAGAAGCCCAGUGCCGUCCGGCGCCAGUCAUCCAAGCUGAGUGACAACGGCUUCUUCCAUCGGCUUCGGCGCAGCCUGAGCUCCAGGAGCAGCCGAGCGCCACUGCAGCCCAAGGAAGACCCAGAGGUUGCAGCCACAGAACAACAGGCUAAUUAUCAUGAGGAUGACAAGCGCUUCAAGCGGGAGGAGUUUGAGCAAAACCUUCAGGAGAUGGGACUGGAGCUAGAAAAGGACGAAGGGGGUAAAAUCGCUGGAAUUGGCUUCUUGAAGAUCCAUGCUCCCUGGGCCGUUUUGUGUCGAGAGGCUGAGAUCAUGAAACUCAAGAUGCCAACAAAGCAGGUUUAUGAAGUGAAACAAGGCAGCAACCUGGUGGAGAAAAUCCGACUGUUCAUUCACAAAGUUACUGAUCCUCUCCACCCAAAAGUGGGUCCCAAACGGCCCGAAGAUGUCAAAUCGCUCUCCCUUCCUUUUUCAAAGGAGAAGCAGCACCUUUUUGACCUCUCUGACAGAGACAAGUUCUUUGACAGCAAGACGAGAAGCUCCAUUGUCUAUGAAGUACUGAAGAGGAUACGAUGGACCAGACCCAACUACUCUUUGGGGAUCACCAGUCUGCUAGCCAACGGUGUCUACACAUCUGCUUAUCCACUGCAUGAUGGAGACAUUGAUGGGGUUACUGCAGAGCCUAAUGACAGGAAGUUAUUGUUCGAGGAAUGGGCCAGCUACAGUGUUUUCUACAAGUAUCAGCCUAUUGGCCUGAUCAGGAAGUACUUUGGAGAAAAAGUUGGUCUCUACUUCGCCUGGUUAGGAGUUUAUACCCAGAUGCUCAUCCCAGCUGCCAUCGUUGGAGUCAUUGUGUUCCUUUACGGCUGUGCCACAGUUGAUGAUAACAUACCUAGCAUGGAGAUCUGUGAUCCCAGGAACAACAUCACCAUGUGUCCGCUGUGUGACAGUGCCUGCAGCUACUGGAAGCUGGAGACGGCGUGUGGCACAGCCAGAGCCAGCCAUCUGUUUGACAACCCAGCAACAGUCUUCUUCUCCAUCUUCAUGGCUCUUUGGGCUGUUCUCUUCAUGGAGCACUGGAAGAGGCGCCAGAUGCGGCUCAACUACGUCUGGGACCUGACAGAUUAUGGAAUGGAAGAGGAGGAGCACUAUAAGGACCACAACAGAGCUGAGUAUGAGCUGCGGGUCGCAGAAAAGACCAUGAGACAAGACCAAGGAGCCGCAAAGGAUGAGAAAGUGAAGCUAACGUGUACAGACAGAAUGCCAGCUUACCUGACCACUGUGGUCAUGAUGAGCUUUAUGAUUUUCAUAACCUUUGUGAUCGCCUUUGGGGUCAUCCUGUACCGGAUCAGCAUCAAGACUGCGCUUCAUCUGAGCACCUACCCUGCUGCACGCUCCAACAUCCGAGCCACCGUGAAAACCACCGCCGCCAUUAUCAAUGUUAUCGUCAUCAUCAUCCUGGAUGAGAUCUACGCUUCCAUCGCCCGCUGGCUCACCACUCUGGAGGUUCCAAAGACAGACAAGAGUUUUGAGGAGCGCCUCAUUUUCAAAACAUUCAUCUUGAAGUUCGUUAAUGCCUUCACACCCAUCGUCUACCUGGCUUUCUUCAGAGGAAGACUUGUUGGGAGACCUGGAAAGUACCUGUAUGUGGUUGGCUCCUACAGGAUGGAGGAGUGUGCUCAUGCUGGCUGUCUCAUGGAGCUUUGCAUACAGCUGUGCAUCACCAUGCUGGGCAAGCAGCUCAUCCAGAACAACCUCUUUGAGAUUGGCAUACCGAAGCUAAAGAAACUUCUCCGGAAAAGAAAGUCAGAACUGACCUCCAAGCAAGAAGAGGAGCUCCACAAAACUCUGAAGCGCUAUGAGAAAGAUCACGUUCUGGGUCCUUUUGUUGGCAUCAACCCUGAGUACAUGGAGAUGAUUAUCCAGUUUGGCAUGGUGACGCUCUUUGUGGCCUCCUUCCCUCUGGCGCCGCUCUUUGCUCUUCUGAAUAACAUCAUUGAAAUCCGCUUGGAUGCCAAGAAGUUUGUUUUGGAGCUGCGGAGGCCCAUUGCAGCCAAAGUCAAGGACAUUGGUAUCUGGUACAACCUGCUGAGGGGCCUCAGCAAGGUGGCCGUCAUUGUUAAUGCUUUCGUCAUCGCCUUCACAUCUGACUUUGUCCCUCGGCUCGUCUACCAGUACACAUACAGUCCUGAUGGGACUAUGCAUGGCUUUGUCAACCACACGUUGUCAUAUUUCAACGUCAGUGACUUUCAGAAUGGUACAGAACCAAAUCCCCCUAACUUCAAUGUAAAGGUCUGCAGGUAUAAGGAUUACAGAGAGCCUCCCUGGUCCAACACACCGUAUGAACUGUCCAAGGAGUUCUGGGCCAUUCUGGCCGUCCGCCUCGCCUUCGUUAUCGUCUUCCAGAACAUGGUUAUGCUCAUGAGCGACUUUGUGGACUGGCUCAUCCCGGACAUCCCCAAGGACAUCAGCUUCCAGAUCCACAAGGAGAAGCUCCUCAUGUUGGACCAUUUUAUGAAAGAAGAGGGGAGAAGGCGAGACAACCACAACCAUGACGGCUACACCAGCCCCUCGUCGGGUAGUGCCAGCCCCCAUUCACGCCCCACUUUCCAUGCUAGAGCUGGCUGGUAACGUUUCACCAAGUCCUUAACGCAUGGCUUCCUUUUUAUCAUCAGCAAGGCUUCUGCUCCAUUUCCAUUGAUUGGGAAUUUUAAAAUAUCCCUGAUGUGUUCCUGUCAGAAUUCUGUCCCUGGAUUGUUUCCAAUAAUUUUCCAUUUUAGGUGUUAUUCAUAUCACAUCCUCAGUCACUGACCACGAACUCUGCAAAUGGUGUCCUGUCGCCGAUGCACAAAUCUGCCAAACUUAUUCAUUAGAUGAUUACAUCUAAUGAAUAAGUUUAAGAGGAAGAAGCCAUUAAGGGUCGCUGCGGGACCAAGUUCAGGUUUACUCUGAGGAAGCCGUGCCACCCCUGCCAUGGGACCAACUCCUUUAAUUUUGAAGACAAUCUGAAACUCCAUCCAAACGAUUAUCAGCUUUUUCCUUAUCUUAUUUCUGGGGACUGGUUCCAAAGGAGAUAUACUGUUAUGUGUCCAACUUCUUUGUUGCACACAUAUGUACAAACACAGGUAUUUAUUGACUUACUUUUUAAAAUAUGCAGCAUGGAUAGGCACAUGUACAUUGAUUUCAGAAUUAGAAGCUGGUAUGAAAUGGCUUUUGGCAUCUUUUCUUUCAAUAAUCACUCAUAUGUUACA